AUGGCGACCCCCCUGGGUCUCUUUAUUCAGCCUGCUUGUCUCCAGCACAAGUACAUCCGCCACCCAAAUGCCUCACAUAUCUUUGAGCGCCCUGAACGUCUCAGAGCUGUCCUUCUCGGCGUGGCAGCGGCAGUAGCCAGACUCGAACAAGUGUCCCCUCAAGCAGGCCAGGAGGCUUCUUCCGCAAACGACGACCUGUCCAAACUCCUAUCCUCUCUCUCGAUCACCCAAUCUCCAUCUCAGCCCACUCCCCAUCUCCACCUAGUCUCUGCCCCGCCUUUACCAUUCAAACCGGGAAACAUUCUUCUCCACCACCCCGCCGUUCAGGUUGCCCACUCUCCUGUAGGUGAAGCGCCUUUCCCAUAUAUCGGCGAGGGAUCGGCAGGCGGCGCGGGGGUGGGCUGGCCCCAGUCAGACUAUCUGAAGGAUCUUGUCAAGUGGUGUGAAGGAGCCGUGGAAAGAAUAAAAGAGACGGGGUGCGAGAUACCAGAGGGAAUGGGGUUGAACCCAGGGGAUCUGUAUCUUGGGCCUGGGAGUAUUGUGGCUGUCGAGGGGGCUAUUCAAACAGUAUGCCAAGCGAUUGAUACCGUUUUUAUGUCUUCAAAACAAGCCCCCCGGCAAGGACCAACAACGCCCCCCGUCUCGCCACCUUCGUCAGAAGCACUGAAUCUGCAAAAAGCUUUCUGUGUGAUCAGACCACCAGGUCAUCAUUGUGGGGAAGAUGCUCCAUCUGGGUUCUGUUACAUCAACAAUGUCGUCACUGGCGCUAUGCACGCGUAUCUCCAACAUGACGUUGAUCGUGCUAUCAUCAUCGACUUUGACUUGCACCACGGGAACGGCACUCAGGCUCUCGUUAUGCCUCUCAAUGCCGCAGCGGAAGUUGAAGAUAUCCAAAUCAGGGCUGGCAAGCCUCCCAUGAUGCGAGGUAAGGAUGGACGGGUCAGGAGGGGCUGGAAAGGAUUCUACGGCUCAGUGCAUGAUAUCUAUAGCUACCCUUGCGAGGACGGCGACCUAGAUCUCAUCCGCGACGCUUCCAUCUCUCUCGCCGCCCACGGCCAACAUAUCGAAAACAUCCACCUGAAACCAUACGCUUCCGAAGCCGAUUUCUAUGAGCGGAUCUACCCGCUCUAUCUGGCUCUAUUGGACAAGGCGAGGGUAUUCAUGGAAGAGGAAGAGGCGAGGCCGGGCAGCACGGUGAUCUUUAUCAGUGCGGGAUUUGAUGCUUGUGAAUGGGAGCACGAGGGGAUGCAAAGACACCAUAGAAGAGUUCCUGUUUCCUUCUACUCGAGAUAUACCCGCGCCAUUGCAGCGUUUGCCAAUAAGUAUACCAACGGCAGAGUUGUCUCUGUCCUCGAGGGCGGCUAUAGCGACAGGGCUUUGACAAGCGCUGCUAUGGGACAUAUAGUAGGCAUGAGAUCGGCUGGAGAGGGUCAGGAUGGCAAGCUCCCUGAAGACUGCGAUGCUUGGUGGACAGAAAAAGAGUUGAUCAACCUGGAAAAGGCUGGCAAGAAGAAGCGAGGCGCCACCUCCAAACUAGCCCCCCUCCCCUCCGAACUCGCUCAACAUUCUCAUCUUGUCCGCACCCACUCCCUCCUCUCCACCUUUGAAGGCCAAUCCAUCGAAGUGACCCCUGCUCCGUCCACUGAAGGUACACCGCAAGGACGCACGAGAAUGGCACUAAGGGAACGGAGGCCUGUGGCGAGCACUGAGGGGACGCCUGUGGCUCCUAAACGAGGCGCGAGAGGGAAGGUACAGACGACACCGGGAUCGAAGCUGAGAGGCGACGCUACGGUAGAGCCUUCUCCAGCCAAGCCUCUCGUCGAGAGCACAAAUACGUCCCCGAGUGACGCCACAAAGGUUGCGCCUGGGACCGAGGUUGUACCAUCGCAAAGAGAUUCAGCCCAUCCUGCGGCAGAACGGCCUCUCGAGAAAUCGGAAGACGGGUUGGACGGGGCCGUGGAAGGUUUGGCAAAUGUUUCAUUGGGAGCUACUGCCGAUACAAACCCCGCGCCUCUCGUUGCCCGAAAUCAAACAUUUCAGCCUGAAACACAGUCCCAGCCUGCCCCAAAGAUUAUCCUGCGUAUCCCAGCACGCUCCUCAUCCAGCUCUCCUUCUCCGUCCCACAAAGGUCUUGAUUCCAGUGACCAGGAGGUACCUUUGGUCAAAACUGAAGCAGAGCGACUUGAAAUAGAACAGCCUGUUGCAGAAGCCGCAUCUUCAACACAGGGACCGACUAUGCUCCGCUUCAAGAUGCCACAGGUGUUUCCUCCUGCCGCAGAAUGA